AUGUCAACCACAGUUCAGACAAAUGUCAAUGAUUCACUUGUAGAUGAACCUUCAAUGAAACGUACAAAAUAUAUAACUGAUACACUGGAAAAUAAUGAGGAGAAAUUCAAUCAUAAUAAAUCUUUGUUUGCAUUAAAAGAGAAGAAAAGUACAAAACCACCUGUAACUACAAAUCUUCUAUCGUCAUGUUCAGAUACACAGUCAUAUUUGAAUGUAUAUGAGAUGUCCAACAGUAUGGAUAAUGCUUCUUGUCUAAACUUACCAAAGUGUAAUUAUGAUGGCUCUAAAUAUAACUGGUUGGAGUCCACUGACAGUCAUAACCGAAUGGAUGAUGAAGAGGAAUUUCUCCAUUUGAAAUCGGACUUACUCAACUGCCAGCCAUCUUCUACAAACGUUCAAGCAAGAACUUCACAUAAAAUGCUCAGUUCUGAAUCUUCAGCACCUCUGAACAGGUAUCGUCAUCAUCAGCAUUAUAAGUGUUCAGAACAAUUGGACAGCAAAUGUUCUGAAACAGCUAUUACAAUCAACCAGAAUUCACUGCCUGUAUUGACAGCUUCAUUGUCUUCCACCACCUGUUCAGUUUCCUCUGGGUGUACAAAUCAAAAUUACUUAAGUUCUUUAGAUAGUUCUGGUAGUAAAUUACCAUUACCAACUGAUAUUUCUUCAAGUAUUCAUCAAUUUUUGUUCACGGUCCUUUUGUCAGCUGAUCGUAAAUCUCUUGUUAUCAGAGAUGCAAGUCAAACUGUUAGAGAAAUAUGGCCAUUAAAGUGUAUCAUCCGAGUGUCUUUAGGUAUCUCCGAGAAAGUGAAGAAGAAUCCAGAGCGAGGAACAUCAAUUUAUCUCCAUUCUACAUAGAAUCUACGCCAACGUUACUCACUCAGUGAUCCCACUAAACGCGAGCAACGCUACGAAGACAUCUGUGAUCAAAACCCUGUAAUCACUUUAUGUCUUUUACUUUCAACGGUCGUCCCAUAGCCGUAUAUCAGAACAGAACGAACUGCAGUACAAUAUACUCGUCCUUUGAUGGAUAGUCAGAUAUCUCGCCAGUUGGUACCACAAAUAACUCAAGUUGGGAAAUGCAAAACGGGUUUUCUGUAUGUGAACUGAGUUUUCGUCGGCACGCAGCCCAUUCGGAGGGUGGAGGCAACUCCCCAAGUAAGUGAGAUGGUCGACAUAUUCCACCACUUCAUUCCCUAUCAUUAAACUGAGAGUACUUGCAUCAGACCACUCCUGGAGCAUCAUUUUACAUUUGAAAGUUAUGACACGCAUGCUAUUCAAACAUUCUCAGAUUUCUGCUGACCAGAUCCAGAAGACCUCGCAUUGAGACAGCGUCUUUACUUGACAGGACAAUACCGUCUGCAUACUCCAAGACAAUUAGAUGACCUCCACAGAGUAGGCCAAGCCCCAUAAACUCAGAUCUGCCUAAGCUUAUGUCCAUUAGUACAUCUAUGACAAAGUUAAAUAGGAACGGUGACAGUGGACAUCCCUGACAAACACCACUAGUCGUCGUCAAUGCACAUAACAUCUCUCCAUAAGCCCUUGCACGGUUGCGCGAGACCAAGUACAGAGCUUUGAUCAGUGUUAUGUAAUCGCUCGUAGCCAGACACUGCGACAACACCUCACGGUCGAUAGAGUCAAAUGCCGCCUUCAAAUCAAGAAAUAUGGGAAGUGUCGGUCCCUGGUAAGUAUGCCUGUGUCUCGGACCCUGUCAGAGGGUAAAAAUAUGACCGAUACACCCUCGGCCAGCUCAGUCUGAAACCUGCCUUAUUUUCUGUAGUUUGCUGUUCACGAGCUCCAGUUAGGUGUCGGAUAACUAUGGAUCCGGAGAUCUUGGACACAAUAUUAGUCAAACUAAUUCACCUACUGUUGUCACAAGAAUACUUUUUCCCUACUUAGAGACUGGGAUGAUCAGUGAAGUGAAUCAGGCUGAUGACACUACAUAUGAUUCCCAUAUACUAGACGGUACCGUCUUCACUUUAAUUAGCAAUUUAUUACCUCCAUCUUUGAGAACUGUCAGGUCAUGCUGCUUUGUGUCGUUUCAGGUUCAAUACAGCCUUUUCAACUUCAAGGAGAGUCGGAGAACAACAUCUACGUUGCAUUCAGGUUCAGACUAGAUGUUGAGCAACUGAAGCAUUGGUGACGGCCAGUUGAAUUAUACUUUGGAGUGUUCUGCCCAACGUUCUAGCCGCCUGUCUUGGGAGAUUACUGGCGUCACAUCCUUUCCGGCGAUGGUUUCACUAACCGUCGUCCUAAUCUUGCCGAUAUUCUUAAUAAACUUAAAUAGUUGCCCGCAAGUCUACCAUAAGGGCGAACCUGGGACAUAACGACUGUUACUAUAUCAGGGAUAAUCAUCUAAGGCAUACUUCUUAGAUCAAUGCACAGCGUUUCUUUUAAUACAGUGUAACCACCAUCAAUGGUAUUGAGUUGACAACUAUGUGGUUUGUCUGUCCAAUGGAGUUUUUUGGGAAGGAGAUAUUCUGCAUCCUGAAGUUAUGUCAUCUUUUCAUCCAAAUCUUUUGAUUUUGUACAAAUGCUAUCUGAAUAUUUUAGUAAGGUGAUUUUCGUUUCAGUCCAGCGAUAACAAAAACUCUCCUGAAAUGAAAUGAUACUUUUUUUUAGCCUAUUUAACUAUCAUCAUUAUGUUUGCAUAUGAUAUUGUGAAUGAAUAAAUGCUUAAGUCUACAGUGAUGGUGAUUCCAGUUGUAAAGCGACCAUGAAUACAGACAGAAUUCGAACCAAUUACUCCUAGGUUCAGCAGCAACCCCUGACUUCGCCACGCUAAAUAAUAAUCAGUCUGUCAACGAAAAUUAUGUCAAAUACCCUAAAUCUUGGAAUUGACAAUAAACUUACGUUACUUCGGAAAUUAGGCACAAUGUCCGUAUGCUAAAUAUCAAGCUUGGCGAGACUAUAAACUUUAUCAUGUCACAUCUCCUUGCUCCUAAGCUUAUUUGAUGAAGGUCAUUGGUAAACGAAAUGAAGCUUGACACUAUAAUGCCAGUAGUCACUAGGCAACUGAUGAAACCAAUGCACGAACAGCGUACCACUGUAAGUUUCAUUUUCAGUCUACUUCCUACUUCGUGUUUUCAUCAUAAAAAGACCAGAAACGUCAAUAAUGAGCAGAUUAAAGAUGGCUAUCUGAUUUGAUAGUCUCUAAUUUAGUGACACAAACUUCCCCGCCCUAGUCUCCUUGAUGUAUUCGGCAACCCAGCCAUAAAAGCAAGACAAAGCAGAGAAAAUACAAAACGCUCUUAUUUUCCAGCCAAUUAGAACAGGCUAAGGUGACCUUGGGAAUUAGUGAAUCAUAGGACUAGUUUGCGUAAAACCAGAUAUGGAAUUUCGAAGUUUUAAGUUUUGCUUAAGGAUAUGAUUAAGAAGUAAUUGAUUUCCUAUUAUAUUUUGGUCAAAUUUUCGACCAACAUCCAACAGUACUCCACAACUUUCAUCAUUCUUAUCACAAUAACUCUGGUAAAAAGUUAAAUUAACCUUGAUAAUUGUCUUUAUAGUGAUUUAUGGUAAUAUUUUAUCAUAAAUAGUAAUUAGCUUCGUUUGAAAAUAAAGUUGUAUGCAAACUUUUUGAAAUUCAGACUUUAAUAUUCCAAGUUGAAGUAAGCGAUAUUUCAAAUCAAGAUGACUCUAAUGAAGCUGGGAAUUUCAAAUCACGAUCCAUUCGAGUCAGUUUACUAGCCAGAUCAAUAAUAGAAUAUCACUAUUGGUUAGAUGGUCUAUAUUUGUUGAACAAAUUGAAUAACCCAAGUGACUAUUACAAUGAAGAUGUGGAACGCUUGAUUGAUUUGGAUAUGCGUAUACGUCUUUCAAGCCUAGAUUUAAAUCAACUGCCUAAAAGAGAAAUCAUUAUACCUCCAGAUCCUCCACCUUUGGAUUUUGUUUAAAUUUUAUUUUCUUUGCCUUAUUAUUUUUUUUUUCCUGCAAAAAAUACAAUCUACAUUUUGAAUAAAUCUGUAUCCUGAUAAUGAAACAGAUUCAUUGAUGAUAAUAUAGGUGAAUGUUGUACAAAACAAAGUGGAUUAUUAUUAUUAUUAUUAUAGUAUACAAUGAAUGAAUACAGAAAGACUCUUACCAUUUUCGGUUAGUUAUCGCUUUAUCAAAAAAGAUUCAAAGAGAAAUGAAAGGUUGGCUAAUGCAUGAAGACAAAUAUGUUAGCGAGUACAACAAGACUCAUCAUUUAAUAAUUAGAUUAUCUUAAGAAAUAAGUACAACUGUAAGAAAUCCUCUACUAUAGAAAUAGUUUUCUUGAUAAUCCAAUUAAUUGAAGAAGUUACACUACACUACAAUGUCUAGACAUUGAAUAAUUGAAUACUUGGUGUUGUCGUGUGUAUGAAGUUCUCAAGUGUAGUUGGAUUGGAUUGGAUUAUCAAGAAAACUAUUUCUAUAGUAGAGGAUUUCUUACAGUUGUACUUAUUUCUUAAGAUAAUCUAAUUAUUAAAUGAUGAGUCUUGUUGUACUCGCUAACAUAUUUGUCUUCAUGCAUUAGCCAACCUUUCAUUUCUCUUUGAAUCUUUUUUGAUAAAGCGAUAACUAACCGAAAAUGGUAAGAGUCUUUCUGUAUUCAUUCAUUGUAUACUAUAAUAAUAAUAAUAAUAAUCCACUUUGUUUUGUACAACAUUCACCUAUAUUAUCAUCAAUGAAUAUGUCCAUAGAUUACAAAGUUAUUGUAACUAUUAUUAAUAUUGUUGUUAGACCACUCAUAAUUAGCAUAAUAUCCUGAUCUGCCGAUUUUGCCGUGAAUCAUUGUCUUCCUUCUCCUGCUAUUUACUUAAUCCUCCUGUUAUUGGCGGUAUCAUUUCCUGUUGACUCUCUCUCUCUCCCACUCUUUCAAUGAUGAUGAUGAUUUUUUCCUUCAUGGAUUGGCAACGGGAGUGUCCGCCAUGACUUCUUACAUUUUUACUCCCCUAGUUACCGGGGUACCGACAACAGAGUGUAAUUACCCCAAACUAUUUGUUGAGUAAUUAAUUGAUCAUCGAACUAUAAUCAGUUUAUUGUCCUCCCUCUUUCUGGUUUAUUUUUUAACAGUCAUAAUCAAUAUUACUCAGAAAUUGCAUAAGUAAAAACGUAUUACUGUACAA